CGUAUAGGAAUGCAUUUCGCUGCAGUUGGAUUCAAAUUGGAGGGAAAACCGCCAGCAGUUCGGAACCAUCAUAAUUAGCAGAUAGCAAUCAUCCUUUGUAAUAGGCUGUUCAAGUGACGCGUCAGUGAGAAGAUAGAAUUUAUUCUUUUGAUAAAAUAUAGUUAGUGGUAUUUAGACUUACGAUUCAAGGGAUAAUGUCACAACCAACAGUAGCAGCAUACUUCAACGCACGUAAGCGUGCAGCAGCGGACGGAUUAGGAUCGGCUACUCGCAACAAGGUAUUGGUUCUUGAAAACUCGACCAUCGGAACUUCCGAUAAUCCAGAACAAAGCUUGCUGGAUACAUCAAGCCGGGUCGUUUUCGCCAAUACUAAAAAUUUUCUUUCCAAGAAUGUGGCAGCUGCAGCGGAAAAGGAAUCGGCAGGAGAUGCCCUGGAAUCCAGGCGGAUUACCCGAGCCACCCGAACGAUUCGACGUAUUGGAGCAGUUACCGUCAAUGAAAAGACCCGAGAGAUGCUCGAACAACCAAAGUUAGUAAACUUUCUCAAAAAAGGAAAUUUGUCACCGCGUAAGAAAACUGUACACAAAGAGCAAAGUCCUGCCAAAGGAAUUGUUUUAUCAGAACAGGCUUCUAUGUCAAAGGAAGAGUUUUCGAUUAAAAACAACGCCAGCAAUAUCGAGAAAAAAAUGACGACACCGACUAAACAGGGUCUAAUAAACCAAGCCCAAUUAGGUAAACCUGCGAUUGCAAAUUUGUCUAUGGAAGAAAUUAAAAGUAAUCUAAGUCGAAGUGACCGUUUGGCUCAGUUAAAAACAUCACUUAGCAAAAUGCGUAGUGGUUUCGACAAACUGGAUAGUAUGAGGAACAAGCAAAUCGAGGCAUCAAAUAAGAAACCAACUGUUCCACCUAGUCCCACCACUGCUGCUCGCAAUUUAAAGCAAUUUCAAACGCUUGAAGUAGAAGUUCCCAUAAGUCCACAGAAAAUGUUUACGUCUCCUACGAAAACUCUUCAUCGUACGCCAACCAAGGCCCAUCACAGCUCACUUAUGUCACCUACGAAGAAUGUAACACCAAAAAGAUUAUCUGCUUUGAUGAGUCCAAUAAAGGAACCCUCUCCAACUCCGGUAGCGGCAAGCCCCACAAAAGUGCCAGCUUAUCAACUAUUCCAGCAUCUUACCGAAUUUGGAAGACCGAAAUUGCAACUCCCCUAUAAAUAUCGCUGUCUGGCGGAGCUUUUCAACCGUAUCGACACCGUUUGCGCCAUGUUUUACAAUCGAAAGGAACAGAUUACGUUCAAAAAACUGAAGCCUGCAGUCCAGCGAAUGGCACGAAAGAACCUGUAUGAAAGUCAUUUGGCUCAGAUAAAAACUCUGUUUCCAGAUGCAUUCAAUCUUAGUUUGGAGCUGACGAAAAAUUAUGGUUCUGUUACAAAGCAUGAAACUUAUCAGUUGGUGAUAAAACCAAACAUUAAGGAAAAACCUUGCACUACAAAUAAGAACGAUGAGGAUGCUAAUGUAAUACGCAAUGCUCAAAAUCAAUCAAUGAAUCCCCAAGCGAUAACUGAAAGAUCACAAAAAUUCAGCCGUCUGCUACUUUCAAAGGUCAUGGAUGCUCACCAGAAAUUUCUGCUUAGCUUGGACCCACCGAUGCAUAUUGCCAGAGAAAAACUAACCUGCUGGCAUCCACAGUUCGAUCUGGAAAGCUGUCCAGACAUUGAGCAAGCUGCACUUCCACAGCCACCGAAUGUGGAACGUUUUUCAUCGGCUAAAGACGUUCUAUCGGCGGCUCGCAAUCUUUUUAAUUGCAGUACAACCAUGGAACGCGCUCUUCAACGUGUUGAGGAGAAAAAACGUCAAAAUGCUGUCGAACAGUCAUCUCAAUUAACCAACAAAACGAAUAUCGCACCGCCUGUGUCUACUGCUGAAACAAAAUCUAAACCCGAGCAUAUAUACCACGAUGGACUGAAAAAUGUUCCAAAGUCUCUACUGGAGAAAAUUCGAGCCAAACAAGCAGCCAAAGCUUUGGAUCAAAUGACUCGGCGACCAUCGAUUGAGCAACAAGCUAUCAAGUACGGACGCCUGCCUGAGUUGGCCCGUCAUUUGCGAAACGUAUUCGUGACGGAGCGAAAAAGUGUUCUCCCAAUGGAAACUGCCCUCAUUAAAAUAGAGAACAGCUAUCGUGGUCGCCUUACACUCAAAGAGCUAGAAGAACAUCUACGUAUGAUAUCCCAGCUGGCACCCUUUUGGCUGACGUUGACCGAAGUUCGCAAAACGAUGUACGCUAAAAUUGUGAAAGACUGCGAUAUGACCAAAGUGAUUGAGCCACUGGAAAAGAAAGCCAACGACUUGCUGAAAGGGUGAAGCGGAGAGUUUUUUUACUGUGCUAAGAAGACUAUUUUUAAUAUUUUAGUAAUACGCGUUUUCAGCAUUAUACUGUUUACAACUUUUUUUGCCUUUAAGCAUGAUACAACAUGUUUCUAUUAUCUUUAUGAUUAUCUUUACCUUAUAUCAGUCAGCUAUCAUAUACAUUAUACCAUUGUAGCCUUUAAAAAUUUAUGACAAUUGUUCAUUUUUGUGUUUGUGGCAGUUGGUAGAUAAUAAACUCAAUUCUCGUUUUUUUU